AUGAAAAUGACUAGCGAUUCACUGGUUACCUCCUCUAUCUCCUUGUCACCACCCUAGACAUCAGGGAGAGGAAGGUAGUGAGCCCCACCCUACCACCUCACACCCCAUCUUCAAGCUCUUCUCUGCUUCUCCCCACAAAGCUCAUCAGGCACAGAGUCAAGAAGGUCGACUGCCUGAGAUAAGGAAACUGAGGCUGCUCCAGUACCUUGCCCAGGGUCAUAUGACUAGUUCAGAUCCACUUGACAAUGUGGCCUCAAAACACCUUCUUCAUGGCCUUGCCUCACGUGGGGCCCAUUGUGGGCUGGUUGUUUGCUAAGCAACACAUGCCCAACUGGUAUGCGACCCUGAAAAAGCCACCCUGGUGGCCACCCAACAAGCUUUUCUUGAUUAUAUGGACUGCCAUCUACUCCACCAAGGGCUACGCCUCCUAUCUAAUCUGGAAGGAUCUGGGUGGGAGCUUGGGUAGGCUUCUGGCCCUGCCCCUUGGUCUCUAUGCUGUCCAGCUUAUCCUCAACUGGAUCAUAUUGCUUCUCGUCUUCGGAGCCCACAACCUUGGUCUGGCCCUAUGCCACCUGGUCCUGCUCUUUGGAUUGGUGCUGGGCAUGGCACUGAGCUGGUACUCUGUCAAUGGCCUAGCUGUCCUGCUCCUGCUGCCCUACCUAGCCUGGCUCACAGUGACCACUUCAUUGGUCUAUCUUCUAUGGAUGGACAACCCCAGUUCAGCACCACCAUCCCAGACUCAUUUCACUGGAGGGAAGCUAGACUGAGAUAGGGAAACUACAGAGGGGGGAGUUUGAGAAGGGACAAAAGGGCAAGGGUUAGGAUUGAAAAAGCUAAGGGAAGGGACUGAGGAAUGAGGGAGGGCAGGGAAGGACAGGCAAAAGGACUCCCCCAAUAUAGCUUCUGAUCAAUAUUCCCAUUCUCUUCCUAAUAAGCUGCCCAGAUCAUGGACCUCUUGUCAAAUUUCAAGCUACCCCAUUUCUUCUUUUAUCAUCACUUGCCCAUUAGAAUAAUAGAAUAAAAAAGACUUUGUAAUCUGUUUAAAAGAAGCUUAUUUUACAAUUUAAAAUAAAAACAUU